CCGAGCACAAAGCCGCCCGCUGCUCACCCGGCUCUACGGAAGACGUUCAAAGUCGCCGCCAACUUUCUGUAUGAUUUUCACGUGCGAUUCUUCUUUUUUUUUAAUCUUACAUGAAAUUUCUUCAUUUUCCCCCUCCGUUUAUGGUGAUCAUUUUGGGAGCUGGGGAGAGCUGUGCAAGAAUGCCGUGGGAUUUUUCGGAACGUCAUCGGUCCCUCGUGAAAGUGGAUUUGCUCUUCAUCACUGGCCCUCCCUGGGCUGAGAUCUGUUAACGCGCCGCCAGGGACCCCGACAUCCGCUCGAACCCCGACUCAGAAGGUCUAACUGCGGGACCCUGGACGAGGCGCACCUGAGCGGCGCGGCGUCCGUCUGGAGCUCCGCUCGGCACGUGGCCUUCUGACGCCUGAGGCGUGUCGCACUCUUUGAGAUGUAAGAAAAGAGUGUGAACGUCGCUGCUCCACAUGGAUUACAGCACCAGCGGGCUGGACCAGGACCGGGACCGGGACCAGGAACUGCUGUGGGAUUACCGGCUGACGAUGGUGACGCCACCCGCCACCCCCUCCCCGCUGGCCAGGUAACAGCCUCGUCGUCGAACACACUCACCUCGAUGGGGGCGACGGUCGACACGAUGAACUGGCACAAGAACGCUUCGGACCUGGCUGCCGGAUCGCUGGGGUUUCUGGGUAGGGAGGACAGCAACGCUUCCCUGGGGUGCAACGGCAGCGCGGACUUUGCAACUGCGGCAGCGGUCACCGCGGUGACGCGCCAGGUGGGUCGGCAUGCGCCGCAGUGCAUGUUGCCCGCACCGGCGGACGGCAAGAACUGGGCGGCGCUGCUGAUUGCCGCAGUCAUCGCCCUCACCGUCACCGGCAACAUCCUGGUCAUCAUGGCCGUGUCCCUGGAGAAGAAGCUGCAGAACGCCACCAACUACUUCCUCAUGUCGCUGGCGGUCGCCGACAUGCUGCUGGGCCUCCUGGUCAUGCCUGUGUCCAUGGUGACCAUUCUGUACGGAUACAGCUGGCCACUGCCCUCCACGUUGUGCCCCAUCUGGAUCUAUCUCGAUGUCCUCUUUUCCACGGCGUCCAUCAUGCACCUCUGCGCCAUCUCCCUGGACCGCUACAUAGCCAUCCGUAACCCCAUCCAUCACAGCCGCUUCAAUUCCAGGACCAAGGCCUUCAUGAAGAUCAUGGUGGUCUGGACCAUCUCUGUGGGGAUAUCCAUGCCCAUCCCGGUUCUGGGCCUCCACGACUACUCCAAGGUCUUCAAGGACACCACCUGCCAGCUGACGGACAACAACUUUGUCCUGGUGGGGUCCUUCGUGGCCUUCUUCAUCCCCCUGGCCAUCAUGGUGAUCACCUAUUUCCUGACCAUCAGCGCCCUGCAGAAUGAAGCCACGCUCUGCCUCGACCAGCUCGUUCCCAAGCCCAAGUGGGCCACCCCGCUGACCUUCCUGCCCCAGGGCUCGCUCUCCUCGGAGAAGCUCUUCUUCCGCAGGUCGCUGAGCCGGGAGGCGGGGCCGCAGGCCGGUCGGCGGACCAUGCAGUCCAUCAGCAAUGAGCAGAAGGCCUCCAAGGUGCUCGGCGUCGUCUUCUUCCUCUUCGUCUUCAUGUGGUGCCCGUUCUUCGUGACCAACGUGCUGGCGGUGGUGUGCAGCGAAGCCUGCAGCCCCAGCGUCAUGGACGGGCUGCUCAACGUGUUCGUGUGGGUGGGCUACCUGUCGUCCGCGGUCAACCCGCUCGUCUACACGCUCUUCAACAAGACCUACCGCUCGGCCUUCUGGCGCUACGCGCGCUGCCGCUACCGCGAGGAGAGGAAGCCGCUGCAGCUCAUCUUAGUCAACACCAUCCCGCCGGUGGCCUUCAGCCACAGCCAGCUGCCCCUGGGCGACAUCGCCCCCCUGAGGAACGGAGGCCGCACUGCGGGGCGCCACCUCUACGCCCCGGUGAUCGACAAGGCCAAAGAGGGCAGGGGAUCGGGCGGCGACGAGAAAGUCAGCUGCGUGUAG